AUGGUUUUUGGUACUGGUAAACUAUAUCAAAAAGCUUUAUUGAAUCUAAGAAGGAAACAGAUUUUUGAGAAUAUUGGAAGAUUUGGAGUCUGGAAUGUCCCAAAUACAGUAAAUGAAACGAAGUAUGUGCCAAUAGACAUUAAAAACAUAAUCCUAGAUUAUGACUAUCCACCGGGUAUUAACGGUAAAGGAGUUCAAUUACGAAGUGAUUUGAGUUAUGAAAUUAGACGAAAGUUAAAAGAGGGCUGGGAAAAAUAUAAGUUUAAUGAGUUCGUCAGUAAUCUUAUACCAGUUAAUCGAUCGUUAGUUGAUCAACGGGAUGAAUGGUGUAAAGGCCAAACUUUCUCCUCGGACUUGCCAAAUGCCACUGUAAUCAUAAGUUUUUUCGAAGAAUCUUGGUCUACUUUAAUAAGAACAAUUACUUCAGUGAUUAACAGAUCACCACCGCAUCUACUAGAUCAGAUUAUUCUAGUCGAUGACUAUUCAAGUUUAGAUCACCUUAAACAAAAAUUAGAUGACUACGUUGCAUCGAUGCCUAAAGUUACCCUCAGAAGAGCCCCUCGGAGAUUGGGUGUCGUUGGAGCAAGGUUGUUACCAAUUCAAGAAGUCAAAUCACCUGUUAUUGUAUAUCUUGACAGCCAUUGUGAAUGUUCAGAAGGAUGGUUAGAGCCCUUACUGCAGCGUAUUAAAGAAGAUUCAAGUAUAGUGGUCAGUUCAGUCAUAGACAAAAUACAUACAAAAACUUUUGAAUAUAUUAAACAAGACACUGAACAACUACAAUUGGUUGGAUUUACGUGGGCUCUCAGUUAUUCUUGGAUGCCAAUUCCACGUAAUAUUUUCACUGUACGCAAAGUCCCUGCAGCUCCAGUAAAAACACCAUGUACUCCUGGUGCCAUCUUAGCUAUAGACAGAGAAUUUUUUCGAAAGAUUGGGUAUUAUGAUACAGGAAUGGAAGCUUGGGGUGCGGAGAAUAUAGAAUUGUCUAUCAGAAUUUGGAUGUGUGGCGGUUCAUUGGAGAUUAUUCCUUGUUCGCAUGUUGGCCACAUUUACAGAGUUCCUGAAGAAAAAUUUCUAAGGGCAGUUAGCAGAAAUUUGGUUAGAGUAGCCGAGGUUUGGCUUGACGACUACGCCAAGUAUUUUCAUGCGAGAAUAGGAUACAAUAAAGGUGUAUACGGUGACGUAUCUGAAAGAAUACAACUUCGGCAAAAACUGGAUUGUAAACCUUUCAAAUGGUAUUUAGAAAAUGUAUAUCCUCAACUUGAGUUGCCAGAAAAUGUAGGUGCUACUGGUCAAAUUUAUAGUGCUGGUUACAAAGGGCUUUGCUUGGAAGCUGCUAUUACAUUGCAUGAAUAUGAUCCCAUAAAGAUGAUGCCAUGCCACUAUCAAGGUGGCAAACAGUACUGGACGUACACUGGCAAUGGUGAAAUACGACGUGACAAGAUUUGUAUUGACUAUUUGUAUCAAACAGUUACACUCUUUGUGUGUAACAACGCCGCGACGCAGGUCUGGUUAUAUUUUGCGGAAGACAAAAUGAUACGGCAUAUGGUAACCAAAAAGUGUUUGGCCAUAAUUGAGCAUGUUUUCCAUUAUAAAGUGAUGUUGAGAGACUGUUUAGCACACAAAUCACAGACAUGGAUAAUGGAAAACUUCAAAUUUGAAAAUCUUACACCGAUAUUGAGGUUAGGAAUUAAAGCCUAUGACAGUUUUAAAGACAAAUAUAAUUCAAGUGCAACACAGACCAUAUUUCCAGCUAAAAUUUGA